GGCACAGACAGGCACUUUGGGCGGAUCGUCGCGCAUAUGUCAUACAAAAUUCAGCCGUCUUGUUAAUGAAAAGGUCUUCUUAGAUCUCGACAUGGCAUCUACGCUCUUCCGUGCUCUCCUGGCUAUCGCCGUGGUUGGACUGAUAGUCGGACUGGGCGACUGUUGGCUCCGCCGACGUGGCCGAGGAGGAGGUCCCCACAGCCGCCGCCGGUCAGAAUCCCGACCCCGGCCCCGGCCCCUCUGCCCGGACCCCGCGAACGUCCUGCCGGGUGCCCAGACUACCUGGGACAACACCUUCACGUUCCUGUGCCCGGAUUUCCAGGUCAUCAGGCGCGUCCAGAACGCCUACUGCACCGCGGCUAAAGACAGGAUCUGGCGGUUCGACUGCGAGCCGAUCCCCGGGGUGUCCGUCUUCCAUGAGCUGUUCUGGUCCGGAUGGAUCAAUGAUUAUGACAGUGUGAUGAACUACCAGUGUCCGUUUAACGCCAUCAUCACGGGCUUCAAGAGCGAGCACAGCAACAGACGGGAGGACCGCAGGUGGAACGUCCGGUGCUCGAAGGUUUACGGAAUGGUGACGUCUAACAACGUCCUGUCCAACUACACCAACGGCCUAGGUCAGCCGGGCGACUUCAACGUUUCUGACGGCUUCUACCUGAGGGGCGUGCACAGUUACCAUGACAACGACUACGGUGUUACUAAAACAGAAAUCAUCGGAAAACACGUGAAAUUUAGGUGUAAAACUUUGUCCGAAAGAACCACCGCCCACCGCCGGUGUUUUUCGUCUGCUAUCCCGGACAGCGGCUCUGGCGUUAAGCCCAACACCAGACCGAAACCAAAGGGACUUGUGUACAAAUCAACCUCAACAGAUCCAUUUGCGAAUCUGGCUUUUGAAGACUGGUUGUAUGAGAACCAAGACUUCACAGACACAGAUAUUCUGCUACUCUGGAGAAAUGAGCCUACAGUUGUGAUUGGUCGUCACCAGAACCCCUGGGCUGAGUGUAAAGUGAAGAGACUACAGGAGCAGGGCAUCCACCUGGUCAGGAGGAGAAGUGGAGGGGGAACAGUCUACCAUGACUUGGGAAACCUGAAUGUGACCUUCAUGACCUCCAGAGACACCUACAGAAGAAAACAGAACCUUCAGGACCUGGUGACAGCACUGAAGGGGAGGUGGCCAAGUCUGGACCUGUCUGUCAACAAGAGGGAUGACUUAGUACUCAAGGACAAGUACAAGCUGUCAGGAACUGCUGCCAAGCUGGGCCGUAAGACAGCCUACCAUCACUGUACCCUGCUGUGUCAUGUCAACACACAAGUACUGAAGGAUGUCCUAGUCUCUGGAUACGAUGGCUUGAAGACCACUGCCACUGAAAGUAUAAGGUCAGAGGUCAUAAACUUAAACGAAGUGGACCCUACCAUUGAUACUGGAGUUUUAGGGGACACCAUUGCUGAAUAUUUCAUGGAAAAUCAUCAAGGGCAGAUGAAACAGGUAUGUGAUGUGGAUCCCACCAGUGAGGCCCUGUACCCAGGUAUUGGAAAAAUUACAGAAGAACUGAAGUCUUGGGAGUGGAUAUAUGGAAAAACACCUCCUUUCAACAUAUGUUUAAGAAAACCUGUCAACGGACUAGCUGUGCCAUUAGGUGUGUACAUGAAGGUUCAGAAGGGAAUCAUAGUAGACUCUUACCUGGAGUGUCCAUUACUGUGGGUGUCAGAAGGACUCAUCCAGGACAUAGGCUACUCCAUGAGAGGAAGAAGAUUCCGUUCUGUUGAUGUCCAGGCAGGCCUGGAGAAGUCUCUACAAUCUUACAGGAGAAUGUCAGACAAUGAGCGGCAGUUUGCUGAGAGACUCUGUCAGUUCAUUGUUAACAAACUUGUGUAAUAAUGUCUAAUGUCUGCGCGCCAUAUUUGGAGUUAAUUAUGACAUGUAGGAUGGUCUGUGGCUCAUGAAGAAAUAUAAAAUACAUGUAAUUAUAAUU